CUGUUUCAUACAUCCGCCCGCGCAUCCACAAAGCGUCAAGCGAGGCAAACCCCCGCCCCUUAAAUCCCCUCCCUCCCCAAAUUCCAAUUCCGCGACCGAUCUAACGCUCUCCCCCCUCUCGCCCUCCCCAUCCCCUCGACCCCGAGAUCUCGCGAAACCCUAGCCCUCCCUCCUCCGAUGGGGAAGCCGGCGGAGUACGGCGACGAGGAGGACGAAGAGCUGUCCAGCUCCGGCGACGCGGAGGGCGAGGAGGAGCAGCAGGAGGAGGAGGGAUCGGAUGAGGGCGAGGAUGAGGAGGAUGAGGAGGAAGAGCAGGAGCCCGAGGGGGAGCAGGCGGCGGGGGAUGGCGAGGAUGCGGAGGAAGAAGUCGACGAGGAGGAGAUCGUCGCCGCUACCACCGGCGGCGGCGCCGAUGACGACGACGACGACGGGGGAGACGGCGCCGGCGCGGCGGAGGAGGCCGAAUCUACCGAGGACGACGCCGCCGCGGAGGAGGGCGGCGAGGAAGAUGCCGACGAGUCUGAAGACGCCACUGCAAAGACAGAGAUUGGCAAGAGGGAACGAGCCAAGCUCAGGGAAAUGCAGAAGCUCAAGAAGCAGAAGAUCCAGGAAAUACUGGACAGCCAAAACGCUUCCAUUGAUGCUGACAUGAACAAGAAGGGAAAGGGGCGACUGAAAUACCUCUUGCAGCAGACUGAAAUAUUUGCUCAUUUUGCGAAAGGAAGCCAAGCUGCGGAGAAAAAGAACCGCGGAAAGGGUCGUCAUGCAUCAAAGGUGACAGAGGAGGAGGAAGAUGAAGAAUACCUCAAGGAGGAAGAUGCCCUUGCUGCAGGAGGAACACGCUUGCUUAUACAACCAUCAUGCAUAAAUGGGAAAAUGAGAGAUUACCAACUAGCUGGACUUAAUUGGCUCAUACGCUUGUAUGAAAAUGGUAUCAAUGGAAUAUUGGCUGAUGAAAUGGGUCUCGGAAAAACUCUCCAAACUAUCUCCCUGCUUGGAUAUCUGCAUGAGUUCAGAGGAAUAACUGGUCCUCACAUGGUUGUUGCACCAAAGUCUACUCUUGGCAAUUGGAUGAAGGAAAUCCAACGUUUUUGCCCUGUUCUGCGUGCUGUCAAGUUCUUAGGAAACCCAGAAGAAAGGAAUCAUAUAAGGGAAAAUUUGCUAGCUCCAGGGAAGUUCGAUGUCUGUGUUACUAGUUUUGAAAUGGCAAUAAAAGAAAAAACUGCAUUGAGGCGUUUUAGCUGGCGCUAUAUUAUUAUCGAUGAAGCUCAUCGGAUAAAAAAUGAGAACUCCCUUCUUUCUAAGACAAUGAGGCUUUUCAGUACCAAUUACCGUCUGCUCAUCACAGGCACUCCGCUGCAGAAUAAUCUUCAUGAGCUUUGGUCUCUUCUCAACUUCUUGUUGCCAGAAAUAUUUAGCUCUGCAGAGACUUUUGAUGAAUGGUUCCAAAUCUCAGGGGAAAAUGAUCAACAUGAGGUUGUUCAGCAGCUUCAUAAGGUUUUGCGUCCAUUUCUCCUUCGGAGGCUUAAAUCGGAUGUCGAGAAAGGUUUACCUCCAAAGAAGGAGACUAUACUUAAAGUUGGAAUGUCUGAGAUGCAAAAACAGUAUUAUCGUGCUCUACUUCAGAAGGAUCUGGAGGUUAUUAAUGCUGGUGGUGAGCGCAAGCGCCUUCUUAACAUAGCCAUGCAACUACGGAAGUGCUGCAAUCAUCCAUAUUUAUUCCAAGGUGCUGAGCCUGGCCCACCUUAUACAACUGGGGACCAUCUAAUUGAGAAUGCAGGAAAGAUGGUUCUGUUAGAUAAAUUACUUCCCAAGCUAAAGGCCCGUGACUCCAGAGUACUGAUAUUCUCCCAGAUGACCCGUCUUUUGGACAUUUUGGAAGAUUAUCUAAUGUACAGAGGGUAUCAGUAUUGCCGGAUUGAUGGGAAUACUGGUGGUGAUGAUCGUGAUGCUUCCAUUGAAGCUUUCAACAAGCCAGGGAGUGAAAAGUUUAUCUUCUUACUUUCAACUAGGGCAGGUGGUCUUGGGAUCAAUCUUGCUACUGCUGACAUUGUGGUUCUUUAUGAUAGUGAUUGGAACCCUCAAGUGGAUUUGCAAGCUCAAGACCGUGCACAUAGAAUUGGUCAAAAGAAAGAAGUUCAAGUCUUCCGUUUCUGCACCGAGUAUACUAUUGAGGAAAAAGUAAUUGAGAGAGCAUAUAAGAAGCUUGCCUUGGAUGCUUUGGUCAUACAGCAAGGGCGAUUGGCAGAACAGAAAGCCGUCAAUAAGGAUGAGCUGUUGCAAAUGGUGAGAUUUGGUGCUGAAAUGGUAUUCAGUUCCAAGGAUAGUACAAUAACAGAUGAAGAUAUUGACCGCAUUAUCGCUAGAGGAGAAGAGGCGACGGCACAACUUGAUGCAAAAAUGAAGAAGUUCACAGAAGAUGCCAUUAAAUUUAAAAUGGAUGACACUGCUGAACUUUAUGAUUUUGAUGACGACAAGGAGGAAGACAAGCCAGAUUUUAAAAAGCUAGUCAGUGAUAACUGGAUAGAACCCCCUAGACGAGAAAGAAAACGAAACUACUCCGAGUCUGAAUAUUUUAAGCAAGCACUUCGCCAAGGUGCCCCAGCAAAACCUAGGGAACCGAGAAUUCCCCGAAUGCCGAACUUGUAUGCCUUUUCAGUUGCUCACUUAACUCGAUCAAGCCUAAAUUUUAGAUUCUUGGUCUUGGUACUGAAUUGGGUGUUUGUCUAUGUCAGGCAUGAUUUCCAGUUCUUCAACACGCAGAGGCUCAAUGAAUUGUAUGAAAAGGAAGUCAAAUACCUCGUGCAAACUAAUCAGAAAAAGGAUACAAUUGGCGAUGGUGAUGGUGAGGAUGAAGAAGUGGAACCUUUAAACGAGGAGGAGCAAGAAGAGAAGGAGCAGCUACUGGAAGAGGGCUUUUCAACAUGGACGAGGAGGGACUUCAACACAUUCAUUCGAGCUUGUGAGAAAUAUGGUCGUGACGACAUAAAGAGUAUAGCCUCUGAAAUGGAGGGGAAAACGGAAGAGGAAGUUCAGCGGUAUGCUGAAGUUUUCAAGGAAAGAUAUACAGAAUUGAAUGAUUAUGACAGAAUUAUUAAGAACAUUGAGAAAGGAGAAUCAAAGAUCUCUCGGAAGGAUGAGAUUAUGAAAGCCAUUGCGAAAAAGAUGGACCGUUAUAAGAACCCAUGGUUGGAGUUGAAAAUUCAGUAUGGCCAGAACAAAGGGAAGCUGUACAAUGAGGAAUGCGACCGUUUUCUGUUGUGCAUGGUGCACAAACUUGGCUAUGGAAACUGGGAAGAACUGAAGUCGGCCUUCCGCAUGUCUCCCUUGUUCCGUUUUGAUUGGUUUGUGAAGUCCAGAACCACGCAAGAGUUGGCUAGAAGGUGCGACACUCUCAUUCGUCUAGUGGAGAAGGAGAACCAAGAGUGUGAUGAGCGUGAUAGACAGGCCAGGAAAGAUAAGAAGAACAUGACACCAACAAAGCGUCCUUCGUCAAGUAGUCCAGCAAUGGACUCUCCCAUGCAGACCCCCUCCAAGAGGGGGCGGAGGGACGGCAGUGCACCCUCGGGAAAGAGAAGGCGGCGAUGAUCUAGUGUUCCCUGAGGAACAAACUCAUUUGGCGGUUGACAACCGAAGGGAAGCCCCAGAUGUACCUGUUUAUCUCAUCCAGUGUGUUUGCGCCUAGUUAUAGUAGCUCAAAACCUAUUAGAGGUCACUCUCAAGUCUGAACCAGUCGAAAUCCGAAGUCUGAACUCCUAUCUUAAAUAGAUUCCAGUGACAUGGUGAACUUAUGUGUCGGUUAAUAUACUGUUCCUGUGUUCGCGGAUCAAUUAGGUUGUUAUCGAACCGAUUGAUGCUUUUGAUUGAGCAUGAGAAAGUUACAUUC